CCCUCCCCACGCCUCGGGAUCCCGGCCGGCGGGCGAGCAUGGACCACAGCCCGCUGCUCCGGCACCAUGGCGCUCGCCUGCUUCGUGGCGACUCUGAUGCUAGGGGCGCUCCCCGCCGGGGUCCGUUCGGACGCGGUCCCCAGGUCCCCUUGGCCCCAGCGCCAUCGCCACCCGCACCCCGCGGGCUCCCCGUUCCCUUCCUACCUGCCCGCGGGGCAGCGGUCCCCGAGGACGCCCCCGCAGCUGGCCCUGCUCGCGCGCGCCCCGCGCCCCCUGCCCACGCUCGCCGCCCCGCGCCCGCACGCGCCCCCGGCCCGCCCCGCGCGGCGGCCGUACCCCGGGGGCUGCCCGGCCGCUCCGUCCCGGUUCAACGAGACGGGCUUGGGCGCCCCUUGCCUGAUCUGGGCAGAGGUGCCCCCCUUCCUCGACAGAUCGCCCCCGGCGGGCUGGGCUCCGCUGCGGGGGCAGCGGCACAACUUUUGCCAGAGCCCCGACGGCGCCGGCCGCCCCUGGUGCUUCUACGCGAACGCGCAAGGCAAGGUGGACUGGGGCUACUGCGACUGCGGACACGGUCCAGCUGUUCCAGUCAUCCGCCUUGCUGGUGGGAGCAGCACAUAUGAAGGCCGAGUGGAGCUCUACCACGCUGGUCAGUGGGGCACUGUGUGUGAUGACCAGUGGGAUGAUGCAGAUGCAGAAGUGGUCUGCAGGCAGCUGGGCCUUAGUGGCAUCGCCAAAGCAUGGACUGAGGCAUAUUUUGGGGAAGGAUCUGGCCCUGUGUUGCUGGAUGAAGUUCGCUGUACAGGAAAUGAGCUUUCUAUUGAACAAUGUCUGAAGAGUUCCUGGGGCGAGCAUAACUGUGGCCAUAGAGAAGAUGCUGGCGUUUCCUGCACCCCUCUAACCGAUGGGGUUCUCAGACUUGCUGGUGCUAAAAGCAGCCACGAGGGUCUCCUGGAGGUGUAUUACAAGGGACAGUGGGGGACUGUCUGUGAUGAUGGCUGGACUGAACUGAACACCUAUGUGGUUUGCCGACUGCUGGGAUUUAAAUAUGGCAAGCAAGCCUCUGCAAACCAUUUUCAAGAACGUACAGGAGUGAUAUGGUUGGAUGAUGUCAGCUGCUCAGGAAAGGAAACCAGUUUUCUUCAGUGCUCCAAGAAACAGUGGGGAAGGCAUGACUGCAGCCACCGGGAAGAUGUUGCUAUCACCUGCUUUUCUGGCAGUAAUGGGAACAGGCUUUCACUGGGUUUCUCAAUCAGACUGAUGGAUGGAGAAAAUAAGAAAGAAGGCCGAGUGGAAGUGUUUAUCAAUGGUCAAUGGGGAACAAUUUGUGAUGACGGGUGGACUGAUAAAGAUGCUACUGUCAUCUGUCGGCAGCUUGGUUACAAGGGACCAGCCAAAGCAAGAACCAUGGCUUACUUUGGGGAAGGAAAGGGACCUAUUCAUGUGGAUAAUGUGAAGUGCACAGGAAACGAGAGGUCCCUGGCUGACUGCAUUAAACAAGAUAUUGGAAAGCACAACUGCCGUCACAGUGAAGAUGCGGGAGUUAUCUGUGAUUAUUUUGGCAAGAAAGCAUCAGGUACCAUUAACAAAGAGACCUUGUCUUCUGUCUGUGGCUUGAGGCUACUACACCGUCGGCAGAAGCGGAUCAUUGGUGGAAAUAAUUCCUUAAGGGGUGGUUGGCCUUGGCAAGUGUCCCUCCGACUCAAGUCAUCACAUGGCGAUGGUAGACUUCUCUGUGGGGCCACACUCCUGAGUAGCUGCUGGGUCCUUACAGCUGCUCACUGCUUCAAAAGGUAUGGAAACAACUCUAGGAACUAUGUUGUUCGGGUUGGGGAUUAUCAUACUCUGGUGCCAGAGGAGUUCGAAGAAGAAAUUGGAGUUGAGCAGGUUGUGAUUCACCGAGCAUAUCGACCAGACAGUAGUGACUACGAUAUUGCCCUGGUUCGAUUACAAGGACUGAGAGAGCAAUGUGCCAGGUUCAGCAGCCACGUCUUGCCAGCCUGCUUGCCACGCCACAGGGAGAGACCGCAGAAAACUGCCUUCAACUGUUACAUAACAGGAUGGGGCGAUACAGGACGAGCCUAUUCAAGAACCCUUCAGCAAGCAGCCAUCCCCUUACUUUCCAAGAAGUUUUGCGAAGAACGAUAUAAGGGCCGGUUUACAGGAAGGAUGUUAUGUGCUGGGAACCUCCAGGAGCACAGCCGUGUGGACAGCUGCCAGGGUGACAGUGGAGGGCCACUCAUGUGUGAAAGGCUAGACCACAGCUGGGUUGUGUAUGGGGUCACUUCCUGGGGAUAUGGCUGUGGUGCCAAGGACUCACCUGGUGUUUAUACCAAAGUCUCAGCCUUUGUACCCUGGAUAAAAAGUGUCACCCAGUUAUAGUUCAUGAAAGACCUUAGCCCCUUUUAGGGCUCAAGAUAAUGGAACAUUUUGCUAUGUUGUAAGAACUGUGUAUUCCCUUGUUUGAUAAUGUGAUGUCAACAUUUGAUUACAGAUACCUCACUAAUAUUUCAUCUUUGCAGUCUUAUAGGUUAG